AAACCCGUAUUUAGUUGACUUUUCGAUUCAAUUCAAAUAUACAAAAUCUCACAUUGUCAGGCACGCUUCACAGGAUGUUUCUGCCGGCGCCUAACCAGACAUGCAAACGCAUCCAGGUGUCCUUUAUUGGUAGGUUCUUCUCCAGGCAACUGCAGCAGAUGAGCCAGCACCGAAGGACGUCCUAUGCCCGUGCAGCCCUUGAGCAGUUCCAGCCCCCAGGACUAUGCCAAGCCGUCAUCCCUCUGAAGGCCACACCCAGCUUGGUGGCCAUGCAGCGGAGUCAACAGUUCGGCGAGGAUUACCGCAUCUAUCAGCAGAACAUCGACCUGGACUCGUUCUUCGGGGAGCAGCCAAAGUAUGACAAGGUCUCGGAUGUCUGCCUGCUCAACGAUCACUUCAUACUGGUGAAGAUGCCCCAGUUCCAGUUCCAGCAGCCAGAGAAGCCACCUCCACAAAUGAAGUCCAAGCUGCCGCGUUGCUUCAAAUGCAAUCGCAGCAGUCGCGUCUCGCCCAUUCUGGAGGAGUUGGAAGAGCAGCCUCCUCGGAGGAGCUGCCUGAAACCCUGGGCCAGCAGGGACAUGGAUGAAGUGGAGGUCUUUGAUUCCACCACAACUAUAACAACCAUCCCAAGUAAGGCCAGCUGGGAUGGCCAGGCUGAUGCUGAGAUCUUCGAUUCCAGCACCAAAGUAACAACCUUUCCACCCUCCUCCGAUCCCUGCUCUUCUGCAGCUGGAAGCGAUUCAUCCAGCAGCAUCCGCACAGCCGCCUGACCUCAACCGCGGCCCACUCCACUGGUUCCUCUGGCCCUUCCGCCGACGGCUCCACGCCAGACCCAAGGCCAAGCCCCAGCUGGCCGCCGUGCACAAAACCUACUUUGUGCGCUGGAGCAAACCGCCGGACACCAUCUGGCAGGGCUACGGCGUGGACAGGGGCGAGAGGGAGCAUAAGAUGGCUCUGCGGCGCUGCCGUUCGGCUGUUUUCUGAGCGAAUCAAUCUACAGAUACAGAUCGUGUACAUAUGGGGGAUAUAUUUUUAAAAGAUUACUUUUUAAGGGUCCAAUAAUUAACUGCUUAAAGAGCUUUAACGGUUUCAGUUAUUAGUUUGAAGAAAAAUAUUAAAAUU